AGGGAGGUUAAGAGAGCGGUGUAAACCCACAAGCCGCGAAUCCUGUUUUAACACAGAUAAAGUAACCGAACCGCCGGGUCCACUGAAACGUCCUGGCGCUGUUCUGACGAGGGAGGGGCGGAGGAGGAGAGGAGAGGAGAGAUGAGGGACCGGGCGCGUGACGACGCGUCGGUGACGCGCUCGAGCGACAGGCUCCGCCCCGUUACUACGGACUCACGCGCGGAUUCGAAUCUGGGUCCCGGGCGCCGCGCGCUCAGUCUCCGCUCCACCCGAGGCAGAGCUGCCCGCGCUCACCGAGCAGACACGCGCAGCCCGGCGCUCCGUGGACCCGUAGCCGCUCUGUCCGCCCCUUCUCCUCCAGGAGCUGUUCACCAUGACGCCCCUCAGCAGCGCCUGCGUCCUCCUGCCUGUUGCUCUCCACCUCCUGCUGGUGCCCGGCCCCGGAUCUGCCGCUGCUGCUCAGAGAUGUGGCUCCAUCUACAAGGGCUUUGCUCAGUGUCUGCUGGCCCUGGGAGACAGCCUGUCUGUCAGCAGCCAAAAAGACGACGACACGCAAGAAAUCGACUCCAUCUGCAGGUCUUGGGACGAUUUCCACGACUGCGCAAACUUGGCCAUGGCUGGCUGUCCUGAAGAAGCGGCAGCCGUGUGGGAGUCGCUCAGACAGGAGUCCAAAAAGAUGCAGUUUUCGGGUAACUUGUACGACAUGUGCUCUAGCCGCAGCCAAUCAGCAACCACCACCAGGGCCCAGAACGCGGACAAGACCAAUCAGGAAUCGCUGAAAGGACAUGCCAAUCAUAUAAGCCCAACUCGCAGCGUCUUUCUUCUCACUUGCUUGUGUUUACUGCUCCUCUGUCCAUGGAUAUAAGCCACGUCUUUCUCCCUGUAGAGACUUACAGAGUAGAGCGAACAUCAAAGAAGCACUGAUGGACUGACGUUUGACGCUGACACUUCUGUAAAGAUCACAAGCUGUAAAUAA